AUGAUUCUGGAAAUUUAACAAUGGGUAGUACUUCCGACUACUAUGAUUCUAUGUAUGUAGGUUUUCCGAUCGCGACAGUGUCCACUUUUGAUUCUGGCUAUUUAGUGGUUUUUAACAAUACAUUAAGCAAUUCAAUACUUCCACUUGAUUGUGAUAACGCACAUGAUGGGCAUAUUAUUUGUAUAGUCUCCGUCAACUACAACAAUAAUGUACGAAUUUAUCUUCAUCCAUUAGGGGCGGUACAAAGUAUGGAUGUAAUAUACAGCCCUAAUGUAUCUGGACUAUUCCAGCAAAGUUGGAGAACAAAAAUAUUACC